UAGCGGCACAAGAAUCUUGUUUUAUUCAUUCCUUUCAUUCAAAACCAAAACUACCUUUUCUCUCAAAACCACCAAACCACUUUGAACUUAUCUAAGAAAGAGAAAAUAAAAUUAUUUUUUUAAAGUGAAGAAAAAAAAUAAUGUAACUUCCUAGAACAAACCAGCAUAUACACACAUGGGUGGUUUUGAUUUUGGUUUCUAGGUUUUUUCUGGGUUUGUGAAGAAACAAUCAUUGCAUCCUUGUUCACUCUCUUUGUUUCUGUCUAAAGUUUUUAUUUUUUUUGGUUUUGAUAAUAGCCAAAGAAAUCAAGUUUAGUCCUUUCGAUUUUCUUCAUCCAUGUGCUUUCAAAAAUCCUAUGAUGUUUUGUUUUUGUUAUUGUUGUUGUAUAGGAUUGUUUGUUGAGUAAAAAAAUCAAUUAAAAAAAAAAGCACUUUUGGAAUAGUGAAAGUCGCUUUCAUUGAAGGUACAUAAAAAAAAUUAUCCAUUUUUAUCUACUUUCUCUCUCCUCAAGUUGCACCAUAUUUCAUACACUAUCUUGGGAAAAAACUGCACCAGAAGAAUAAUUCAACAAAAGGGUGUCUUAAAGUUUGAAACUUGUUAUGGAGAGUGGCUUAGAUCUGCAUGCAAAGAUGGUGAAUGAGAAAGAAGAAGACGGUUUUGGAGGUUUAGGAGAAGAUGAAAAAUUAGUAGCUGUUUCUGAGAGAGAGAUUUGGCUUGAUGAUACUACAAAUCAUCAAGAUGAUGAUGAUCUUUUAGGUAUGAAUAUGAAUGAUGAUGCAUCUGUGUUCUAUGCUGAUUUUCCUUCUUUACCUGAUUUUCCAUGCAUGUCAUCAGCAUCAUGUUCAUCAUCUUCAUCAUCUUCAUGUUCAACACCAUUGAAAACCAUUGCAUGUACUACUACUUCAACUACUACUACAACUGCAACAUCUUCUUCCUCUUCUGCUUCUUCUUCCUCUGCAGCUUCUUGGGCUGUUUUGAAAUCAGAAGGUGAAGAAGAUCAUCAUGGUGAGAAAAUGAAGAGUUGUGAUGAUAAUAACAAUAAUCAAGGUUUUUUGAACAUGCAUGAUCCAUUAGAUCAUCAUGGUCAACAUGCAAUAACUUUGGCAUCAACUCCGUCUCUAGAGAUUCCUCAACAACAGCAAGAAGAACAAGAUCUUGGUGUUGGUGGUGAAUGCAUGGAGGACGUUAUGAUGGAUACUUUUGGCUACAUGGAGCUUUUAGAAACCAAUGAAUUUUUCGACCCUUCUUCGAUUUUUCAAACCGAUGAAGAAAACCCUUUAGUUGAUGAUUUCACACAAGAACAAGUUCUAGUGCAACAACAACAUCAUCCACAAGUUCCAAUAGUUUUGCAUGAUGAUGGUGAAACAAAACCAGACCUCAAUUUUGAUGGUGGUGCAUGUGAUAGUCUUAAUGAUGAGAUGAGUAGUGUUUUCUUGGAAUGGCUUAAAUCGAACAAAGAUAGCGUAUCGGCUAAUGAUUUGAGGAAUGUGAAGCUUAGGAAAUCAACAAUUGAGAGUGCUGCUAGAAGAUUAGGUGGUGGAAAAGAAGGGAUGAAACAGUUGUUGAAGCUUAUUCUUGAAUGGGUUCAAACUAGUCAUCUUCAAAGCAAAAGACUCAAAGAAAACAACAAUAACACAACAACCUCAAAUCCUGUUCCUCAACAGCCACAACCGCAGUUUCAAGAUCUAUGUCCGAACCAAAACACGACAAAUUCGUGUUUUAACCAAACUUCCUGGAUAGAUCAAACACAAACACAAACACAAAUGCCUCUUGUUGUUCCUCCACAACAAUUUUCGCAGCCGAUGGUUGGAGUUGGAUAUGUUGGUGAUAUUCAUUACACAAAUGGUUCCGUUUCGAAUAACCUUAACCAUAAUAUUAACCUCUAUCAACAUGGUUCUGGUAAUGAGUAUCAUCAAUUCAAUGUUGUACCGAGCUACAAUCAACCGUCGUUUGUAGAUAGCAACAACAAUGUUUUACAACCUCAUGGUUUGAGUUUUGGAGGAUAUGGAAACCAAUAUGGUUCUUAUCAGUUUUUUCAUGGAGGUGGUGGUGAUAGGUUAAUGAGGUUAGGUCCGUCUGCUACAAAAGAAGCUAGAAAGAAGAGAAUGGCGAGGCAGAGAAGGUUUGUUCCUCAUCAUAGGAAUCAUCAGAAUCAAGGUUCUGAUUCGGUUGGUAGAUUGCGUGGUGGUGGUGGUGGCGAUAAUUGCACCAAUGAUGCGGGUGUAAAUCAAGGUAGUUGGAUGUAUUGGCAGAGUAUGGCUGGUGGGAAAGCUACCGCAGUUCCGGCUGAGCCUGCGCAGCAGCCGGUGGAACGCGACCGCACCAACAAUCAGACACAGAAUUCUCAUCUGGGUCGAAAUGUUUCGGAUAAGAAACAGGGUUGGAAGCCAGAGAAGAACUUGAAGUUCCUUCUACAAAAGGUGUUGAAGCAAAGUGAUGUUGGAAGUUUGGGGAGAAUUGUUUUGCCAAAAAAAGAGGCAGAAACUCAUUUGCCCGAACUCGAGGCAAGAGAUGGCAUUACCAUUACCAUGGAAGAUAUUGGAACUUCUCGAGUUUGGAAUAUGCGCUAUAGCAUCAGAUAUUGGCCAAAUAACAAAAGCAGAAUGUAUCUACUUGAAAACACUGGUGACUUUGUGAAAGCUAAUGGACUCCAAGAGGGUGAUUUCAUAGUGUUAUAUUCUGAUGUGAAGUGUGGCAAAUUUAUGAUAAGAGGAGUUAAAGUGAGGCAACAAGGAGCAAAACCGGAGGCGAAGAAAACAGGAAAAGCACAGAAAAACCAGCAGCAUGAGAAUAAUAGUAAUACAGCUGGAAAUGAAGCGGUGGAUAAUAAUGACAUACCAUCCUCACCAAAGAGGAGGAAAUGAAUGGAUAAAGUAUAAUAUUAUGUAAUAUAAUAAUUAUGUAAUGUAAUAUAAUAUAAUAUAAAUAGUAUAGUAUAAUAAAUAAAUAAAUAAAACUCUGAAUUGAGCAUGUGAUAUUCAAGAGGAUAAUAAUUGUUGUGUGAAAAUUAUGUAUGUGUGAAUAUAUGUAUCUCCAUUUGUAA